CGUAUUCAAUUAAUUAUCGUUUCGGGGGAGGUGAUGGAGGAGAGAGAAAGUAAGAUUGAAGUGGAGAGGAACAAGACUACUGACAGAGGAGGAGGCGGAGGAGGAGUAGGGAAGGCGGUGGCCAUGGCGAUAUGCGGUACUUUGGUGUAUUACCACUGCGCCUUCGGCAAUUCCAGCCUUCUAUCAUUGAUCGCCGACGUCCUCAUCGUCCUUCUCUGCUCUCUCGCCAUCCUCGGUCUCCUCUUCCGCCAACUCAACAUCUCGGUACCUGUGGAUCCGCUUGAGUGGCAGAUUUCCCAGGACGCUGCGAAUACGAUGGUUGCUGGUUUGGCUAAUACUAUUGGGGCUGCCGAGUCUGUUCUGAGGGUUGCAGCUACUGGUCACGACAAGAGGCUUUUCGUUAAGGUUGUCAUCUGUCUGUACAUACUAUCAGCUUUGGGGCGUUUGGUAUCGGGUAUUACAGUUGCUUAUGCAGGAUUAUGCUUGCUCUGUCUUUACAUGCUUGCUGAGAACUCACAAUCAAUCGGCACUUGUCUCUCUUGGUUUCUAAGUCUUAGAAAUGCCGCUUCAGUAGAUGCUGAUAACAUGUGAUGUGAGUCCAACCGGUACUUGCACCUUUUUUUUUUAUUGGCAGCUGCUUUUGCUCUUUCCGUUGUGUAAAUACAAAAGGAGAAAGUCCUGCUCUUCGUGGUUUUAUGGAUAGAUAAUAGAUUCAUUCAAAUAAGCCAGCGUGGUGGUAGCCACUCCUUAUGAUUUUGAACAGGUUGAAGUUCGAAUUCUUCCACACGUUAAAAUUAUCAAACACUCAAAUUAAUAUUA